CGCGGCCGGGGGAAGGCGGCUCCCGCCGGGCCCAGCGCGGCGGCGGAUGGCGGGGGGCCGCGCCCGGCGGGGGCCGGCGGGGGCGCCCGCUGAGCGGCGGCGGCGGCGGCGGCGAUGCCGAGGGGCCCGGCUCGGCGGGGCGCGCCCGCGGGGCCAUGAGGGCGGGCUCCGGCCAUGGCCCAUGGCAGCGCGGCGGUCAUGCUGAAGUGCGUGGUGGUGGGGGACGGCGCCGUGGGCAAGACGUGCCUGCUGAUGAGCUACGCCAACGACGCCUUCCCCGAGGAGUACGUGCCCACCGUCUUCGACCACUACGCAGUCAGCGUUACCGUCGGGGGCAAGCAGUACCUGCUGGGGCUGUACGACACCGCCGGCCAGGAAGACUAUGAUCGUCUGAGACCUUUAUCUUACCCUAUGACCGAUGUCUUCCUUAUCUGCUUCUCAGUGGUAAACCCUGCUUCAUUUCAAAAUGUGAAGGAAGAGUGGGUACCGGAGUUGAAGGAAUAUGCACCUAAUGUUCCCUUUUUACUAGUAGGAACACAGAUUGAUCUCCGUGAUGACCCAAAAACUCUGGCAAGACUGAAUGAUAUGAAAGAGAAGCCCGUAUCUGUGGAGCAAGGACAGAAGUUAGCAAAAGAGAUAGGAGCCUACUGUUACGUGGAGUGUUCAGCUUUAACACAGAAAGGACUGAAGACUGUUUUUGAUGAAGCUAUUAUAGCCAUUCUAACUCCAAAGAAACACACAGUGAAGAAGAGAAUAGGCUCAAGAUGCAUAAACUGCUGUUUGAUCACGUGAGAGACAUUUAACAAUGGCCAGGCUUACUGUGAAAUUCUACUGAUUUUAAAUACAAUACAUUAAGUACAUAGUGAAUUUGUUCCAGGUUUGAAAGUUAAACCUACGUUUCUGCCUUCUACAACCAGUGAAAUCCAGAGGAAUAAAAUCAAACUCAACGAACUUGUAAUAAGAAGCCACCACAUCUGUUACAAAUAUUUUAUUCAGACUGGAAGGUACAAUCUCUCAGGGUUACACAGUCUAGAGGAAGCAAAAACUGCACCAUGCUGAAAUGGCAUCUAUGUGAUUUUACUGAGUGGAGAUGCUUGGCCUGAAAUACUCUAACUGAAUUUGGACAGUCUUCUGCUUUGACUCUAUAUAUAUAUAUAUAUAUAUAUAUCUCUUUAAAACCCCCAACUUUUGCACAGUCUGUAUGGAAUCUGCACAAAGAAAUACCUUGUCUCUUUUUGUUCCGGUUAUCUGCUUUUGUAUGUAAGCUGCUUCCGGUUCCAGUGUAUCCACAGAGGUGCAAUAAUCAGACCAGCCAUAUAGCCAAAGGUAGCUCCGAGGGAACAGGAAAUGGGCCAUACCUGAGGGGAGAACACCAGGCAGAAGCAGACAAUGAGGAAAAUGUCUGUGGUUUUUUGUACUUCAUGAGCACAAAGUCUAGGUACUGAAAGACAGUAGUCUUAUUCUACUUUAAAGCUUGAUGUGCUUUCCUAAAAAUGCCAAAAGCAUAACAAUCGUCUUCAUGAAUACUAAAUGCUGUUGUACAGUUUUUAAUUAAUAUGCAUUAAAAUGUAAGCAGGCUUCUGGCUAUUGCAGACUUUAGCUUGAUAGUCCAAAAACUAUGUGGAAAAUAACACCUCUUAGAAGUGUCUGUAUCUCGGAAGCAUUCAGCUGACCUGACUUCCUACUCUGCUGUACACAUUUGGAUACCUACAGAUUUUUCAGCAACUUCUCCUUUCAAUCUCUCAUGGUGUUUUGAAGCUUUCAGGUGUGUAUAGAGGAAUUAGUAUUCAAAUAAGGCCAGAGACUGAGAUAGAGGUUUGUUGGCUUUUUUUCUUGAAAAGUAUGUGAAAGGAUAAAUUUCCCUCUGGCUAGCAGUAGGGAGGGAACACAAAUUUGGAAGCUGACUGAACAUCUUGCACCCAGAUCAUCAAACUUGUAGUAAGCCAGUAAUGUCAAAGAGAGCUUUAAUUGUAUGCUCUAUUUUCAACUAUAAGAAAAGGAAGCCAACUCAAUAGAUCUGACUUAACUUUAACAAACCAUCUUGUACUGACCCAGAGUAGUAAUAGAAUUCUUCCCUGCUCUUUUUUUUUUUUUUUUAAAUUAUAAUUGGUAUUGAUUUGCAGGGAGGAAUGGCCAAACCAAGACUUAACCAGUUUGUCAUCAGAUGUAGCUUAUAGUACCAGUCCACUACAUACUGCAUUUGAUGAAAGUCUCAACUAAGGCGGUAAUUAAUUAAUUAAUUAAUUUUAGAAUAAACAGAAUUCCCAGGCCUCUUUAAAAUUUUCCUUUGCUUUUUUUUUUUUUUUUUUGCAAGGACAGGUUUGCAGUUCCUGCUCUACAGUGCAUAUUCCUAAAGCAAGUAUGGACUGGACUCUCCUUUUGUUUUUUAAAUUAAGGGGGUAUUUCCCCCCUCCCCAUAGUGCUUGAGACUGAGAAAUGCACUAGACAAUAGAGGAAGUAUCCCAAUCUCCAGCCUUCUUUUCUACUUCACUUUGACUUGCAAUUCAUGAAUAUCAAGUGAACUUGCUCUUAAUGGUACUGGUUCUUCCUUUCAUUCAUUUUCCUAGCUCUGAUUCUUCUCUUUACUUCAUUAUCACUUAAAAGAAUAUAUUUAUUCACAUCCUUUGAUCAUGGGAAUUUUAACUACAAAAAAGAGUAAUGUAUUUUGUCCUCUGCUCUUUCAUCUUCAAUCUCUUCAGUUGUUUCAUCUUCACAUUCCUUAGCAUUUACAGCUUUUAUAUGUUAUUUGGAGGUCUUAAGGAGUGUAGCAAAGAUGAUUACUAAACAAGGUGCCUUAGGUACUCUUUAUUGACCUUGUUUCAUUCUUUCACUUUCAUACAUUCUGUCUCUGCUGCUUUUGUUGCUGAGUAUUUCCGCAGUUGCCUCUCAAGCCAAAGAUUUGCUUGUUUUCAUUCAUUUACUGUGUACAGUAGAUCAUCUAUAAAAAGCCUUGAGAGGCUUUGGCAUGGUAAGUACUACAUGCAUUUGAAACUCACAUAAGUUUGUGGCCUUGGCUAAACUUACACUUCAGGUGGAUCUUUUCAACUUUUAAACAAAAUGUAAUUAUUUCUAGCAUUUUGCAUAUUACACUUGUCUAAAGGACAAAACAAUAAAAAAAGUCCUUGAAACCCUUCUGCUCACUCAGUAAUGUUCAGAUGGAACACAAGUCAUACUUUUUUAUCCACUGAUGAAGUCAAAUACCACUCCAAUAUCCACAAAACUAUGGACAAAGGCUUCUUAACUCGGUGGUGCUUUUACAUCAGAUUUGCUGAGUGAUCAAUGAUCAAUCCUUCAUUAAAUUUUUACCUACAUUAGGUGAAUUUGUAGUUGCCUAUUUGCUUUCCAGAACUACAGGUAGAUGAUGGACUCUGAAUUGAUCAUAUUCCCCUAACUAGAGAGCGAAUAUCCCUGAUGACCCAAUGACCCUGUAUAUUGUGCUAUUUUGUGUAUAGUGGGUGACUAUUGGUAUGAUUAAAAAGAUAUCUGAU